AUGGCUGGGUCCCGCAGGAGUCCGGUGUUGAGAGACCAGUGGAGAGCCGCCAGCGACACUAGAGACCCAAGAGACCGGGAAAGGCACCGGCCUCGAGGCUCGUACCGCGAUAGGGGAAGGGACAAAUUUCGCGACCGCGACCGUCGUCGCCGACCCAAGGAGGGCGGACUUGACGACGACCAUCCUCUACGGUCGCCGCCACCGCGUCCUUUCCCACCUCCCGACCACGACCCUCGUCAACACCGCGAUUUUUCCCCUAGCACCCUCUCCGCUCGUGGCUCCCCUGGUCAUCCACAUUCGGAACCUUACCCUGGUCGGAAGCUCGACCGUCAUCGCUCACCCUUACCCGCUGAUUACCCUGGCCCGGAGUCGCGCCAUUCUCUCGAAGCUGAAAGAACGAUUGAUAGAGACCCUCGUCGAGACCACUCGCCAUCCGCACCUCCUCCCUCCAAGCGUAAAAGGACACGAAGUCCUUCUCCUGGAAUCUUUAACCAGCAUCCCAACCGGCCGGGUCACCGCUACCCACCCUCCAAUCCUUCCGACGACCUGGAUCGGGGCCUGCCAUCCAACAGACGAGGCCGAUUUGCAACCCGGGGUAGGCCUGGUCGAAGACCGUCCCCCCGACGAGGGAGAGAGAGGCGUAAGCCCGUUGGUAGACGUCCUCCAUCGCCACGACCAAGGCGCUCCAGGUCUCCCGUCCGUGGCGGAAAAUCCUACGCGUACCCUCGACGACGCUUUCAUAGCCCUCUUCCUGAAGACGAGCCUGAAGACGGACCCCGCUAUCGAUCAUUAUCGCGUCAUUCAGCGCAGUCGGGUGAUUCAGGGGUGUCUGCAAAUUCACGCCGCAUUUCCUUGGACGAUCCGACGAUGAACUCGACAAGGCCCGCUCGGUCCGCAGCGGGUGAUUCCUCUAGGUCGCCAUCUCCGCCAAGAGAAGCUCCAGGACGGGACACAGACACUGCCAGUGUUUCGGUAAAUGGAGAGACCACGCGCGAUACAUUUCACCGCCCGCGGAACUCUCGACAAUAUGCUGAUGCUUCUCAAUAUCCGGGAAAUGUGCAAAAUGCAACCCCAACUAAUUCCUACCACGGAUCUCCGCAGCCUGGGUCUCCAUAUUCGGGCGGACGCGGCGGACGGAAUCAACAUGUCCCCUCUUCCCCAUAUCGGCAGAAUAACUAUACCACAGGUGGCUCGCAGGGUCAUGGCCCGUCGUCUUAUUCAGGUCCGUCCUACCGCGGUGGGCAUUUAGGGUAUCGUGGCAAUUAUCAAGGAAACAGCGGCGACCGUCGCUAUCCGAAUGCUGGGCCUCAGAGUCACGGCAAUGGACCCCCACACAACAGAAGCAAUUUUAACAAAGAACACUGGAGGGGUCCGGGCCCUCGAGGUCGAGGAGGCCCUUUGAGCCCUCACGAACCGUAUGGGUUACCGCCAGCAAGCCCACCGCCACCCCCGAUGAAUGCAGAGACACGUUCGCAUACUGACGGAAAUGAUAACCGCUUCGGACUGCCUAGCAACAAAGAGCCCCGUCUAGAAGACGAAGGGUCAAAGGCUGUCUCGGAAGGCGAUACUCAAGGCCACCAACCUAUUGAUAGUGGUACACAACAGCCCAGCACGUCUGCUACCCCCAGUAAAGGUGGUAAAAUCAGCUUCGCCUUCAAGGCGAAGGCUGCUCCAGCUCCAGCUACUAAACCAGUUCCAGACUUGGCACAAAGGAUGCUGGCAAGAGAGCCGCCGCCGCGCGCCGCCGAACCUGCCCCUCGCAAUAGACUAUCCACUGGUCCGCCGCCACCGAAGUUCAAGCCCGACGCACGUUUUGAUCGCCGUGAUCGGGACCGGGACCGGGACCGGGACCGUGAUAGGCAACGUGACAGGGAUAGAGAUCGAGGGAGAAUCGACCGCAGAGAUUUCCGGGACCCACGUGGGUUUCGUGAGCCUCGUGAUCCACGCGAUAUGAGAAGGGAUGAUCGUCGAUUUGAACAUCGUAAUGAGAGGAGGAGGGGUGACCGAAGACCAGAAUUUCGCCCUGAGCGCCGUCGCGAGCGUUCACCCGAGCCGAAGAAGCAGCCAAAGAUCCUAACUCGACCAAAGCCUCGUCCAACCCUAUCUGAGGAGUUUGCCAAGUCCGACUCUGUUUACUAUCGAAAGCCUGGUAAUGAGUCUGUCAUUGGUGCCGGUACCUAUGGCAAGGUUUUCAAGGCAAUCCAUGUCUACACACAAAGGAAAGUUGCGCUAAAGAAAAUAAGGAUGGAAGGUGAGAAGGAUGGGUUUCCGGUCACAGCUGUGCGGGAAAUCAAAUUACUUCAACACCUUUGCAACAAUAACGUCGUCAGUUUGUUGGAAGUCAUGGUUGAGAGAAACGAGUGCUUCAUGGUUUUUGAAUAUCUCUCUCACGAUCUGACUGGCCUGAUUAACCAUCCCACCUUCACGCUGACAGCAGCUCACAAGAAAGACCUGGCUAAGCAGAUGUUUGAGGGCUUGAACUACUUGCAUCACCGGGGCGUCAUGCAUCGCGACAUCAAGGCCGCCAAUAUUCUCAUCAGCAAUCGAGGGCAACUGAAGUUUGCUGACUUUGGGUUGGCCCGAUUCUUCUCUAAGAGCCGCCAACUGGAUUACACAAACCGUGUCAUCACCAUAUGGUAUCGACCCCCAGAACUCCUUUUGGGUGAAACCAGGUAUGGUCCAGCGGUCGACGUUUGGAGUGCGGCUUGCGUAUAUGUUGAAAUGUUUACGAAGAAGGCUGUCUUUCCUGGUGAGGGUGGAGAGAUCAGUCAACUGGAGAAGCUUUAUAAUUCUCUUGGCACCCCGACCCGGCAAGAGUGGCCGGAUAUUGUCGAGAUGCCCUGGUUCGAGCUGAUGCGGCCGACCGAGCGGCGGAAGAGGAUAUUUGAAGAUGUCUACCGUGAGAUCCUAUCACCGGCUGCAUUGGACUUGGUCUCGCAGAUAUUUCGCUACGAUCCUACGAAACGACCAAGCACUGAGGAGAUUCUGGCGCACCCAUACUUUGUCUCGGAGGAGCCAAUUGCUCAGCAAGCUGUGGAAUUGGAGAACAUCGAGGGCGACUGGCAUGAGUUUGAGUCCAAGGCCCUCCGUCGAGAGAAGGACAAAGAGCGCCGUGCUGAGUAUCAGAGGGAUAAGGAGAAGCGCAAGGGGGCACCCUCGGCGCCCCCAAGUGAAAGGGAUCCCAAGCGUGUCAAGCAGGACGGGUCCGAAAGCGUACCACCUUCUGCGCAACAUCAGGAACAGUAA